AUGGGAAUCUGCUCAUCAGUUUCAUCAAGGGAGAUUCACCAUGAAAAAGUGAUGUUCUUAGAAGGAAGUAAUUUUUCUAAUGGAAAUCUUGGGCUUGGUUCUCUUUGCUCUAAGCAAGGGAGCAAAGGAAUAAACCAAGAUGCUGCAAUUCUUUACCAGGGCUAUGGAGUGGAAGAUGGAGCUUUGUGUGGAGUUUUUGAUGGGCAUGGGAAGAAUGGUCAUAUAGUGAGCAAGCUAGUAAAUAGCCGUCUGCCAUCGCUCAUUCUAAGCCAGAAGAAUGGUCUGGCACAGAUUAAUGCAGCAGCAGCAGAUGAUCAUCAAAACUUCCAAAAUCAUGAAAUUGUACCAAGCAAGAGUUUUCAUAUAUGGAAGGAGGCUUGUAUCGGUGCCUUCAAGGUGAUGGACAAGGAGAUAAAGCUUCGAGAGAGUUUGGACUUCUCUUGCAGUGGAACCGCCGCUGUAGUUGUCAUCAGACAGGGUGAAGAUCUUGUUAUAGCUAAUCUCGGGGACUCAAGGGCGGUUUUAGGGACAAUUACAGAUAAUGGAGUUGUGGCCGUUCAAUUAACCACCGACUGAAAGCCAGGCUUACCUUGUGAAGCAGAAAGAAUAAGGAAAUGCAAUGGGCGAGUGGGUGCGUUAAAGCAAGAGCCACGCAUCCAACGAGUGUGGCUGCCCAAUGAUGACUCUCCGGGCCUAGCCAUGUCACGAGCUUUUGGAGACUUCAUUCUCAAAAACCACGGCGUCACUGCCAUCCCAGACAUCUACUACCGCCGCCUUAAUUCCAACGACCAAUUCAUCAUUCUUGCAACUGAUGGGGUCUGGGACGUGCUCAGUAAUGAUCAAGUUGCAUCCAUUGUUUGGGCAGCAGAUAGCGAACAGGCAGCGGCAAGAAUGGUGGUGGAGGCAGCUACCACCGCAUGGAAAAGGCACCCUUCUUCAAAAGUAGAUGAUUGCAGUGUUGUUUGCCUAUUUUUGCAAAAGAAGUGCCCCAAAGCUUGA